AUGCGGUCACGUACCCGGACGUGUGGAAACCCCGCUCCUCUUCACGGAGGCCGAGAUUGUGAAGGAUCGGCGAGACAAGAAGAAUUCUGUCCUGGAAAUCCUCGCUGUCCUUACAGCCCAAUAAAUGGACAAUGGUCAAUGUGGUCAUCUUGGGCCGGUUGCUCUGAGCGUUGUUAUGGAGGUGUCCAAACACGGCGUCGCAAUUGUGACAAUCCACCUCCAAGGCACAAUGGAAUUCCUUGCAUUGGAAACACCCAGGAGUGGCGUUUAUGCAACAACCACAACUGCGCAGCCAAAUCAAAAAUUGUGCCCUGGAGCGAAUGGAUAAAAACGAACACCACGCGUGGGGGAUACUUUGAACAACGGCUACGUUUUUCCUGCAGCGCCCCAGUUCCAGAUCGACAUAUGAUUCAAGUAAAACACAUGAAAAGUCAAGUGCGUUUUUGCUUCGAUAAUGGCGUCUGCCACAAAUCAGCUGUUCCUCGGAAUCGGGCAGCUGUUCCUCGGAAUCGGGCAACUGUUCCCUUGGAAUCGAGCAGCUGUUACUCGGAAUCGGGCAACUGUUCCCUUGGAAUCGAGCAGCUGUUCCUCGGAAUCGGGCAACUGUUCCUCCGAAUCGUGCAACUGUUCCCUGGAAUCGGGCAGCUGUUCUCCGGAAUCGAGCAGCUGUUCCUCGGAAUCGAGCAACUGUUCCUCGGAAUCGGACAACUGUUCCCCGGAAUCGAGCAGCUUUUCCUCCGAACCGGGCAACUGUUCCCCUGGAUUCGAGCAGCUGUUACUCAGAAUCGGGAAAGUGUUCUCCGGAAUCGAGCAGCUGUUACUCGGAAUCGGGCAACUGUUCCCCUGGAAUCGAGCAGCUGUUACUCAGAAUCGGGCAACUGUUCCCCUGGAAUCGAGCAGCUGUUACUCGGAAUCGGGCAAAUGUUCCCCUGGAAUCGAGCAGCUGUUCCCCUGGAAUCGUGCAGCUGUUACUCGGAAUCGGGCAACUGUUCCCCUGGAAUCGUGCAGCUGUUACUCAGAAUCGGGCAACUGUUCCCCUGGAAUCGAGCAGCUGUUCCUCGGAAUCGGGCACUGUUCCCCGGAAUCGAACAGCUGUUCCUCGGAUUCGGGUAA